CACUGUACUCUAGCCCAGGGAACAGAGUGAGACCCUGUCUGAAAAAAAGAAAAAAAAAAAGGCUUUGGGUGUAAAUGUACUAGUGUUUUCCAAAUGCAUAUAGGAGCUUGUGACUAAUAAAGAUUUAUUUAAAAGCACUUACUGAAUUCAUAAAAAUCCUUUGUCAUUGUAUUUCCUUUAAUGAUAUUAAUGAUAAAAUUACUAUCACAUGAAGAUCCAGGAAUACUUUAAAACCUUCCUAAGGUUCAUAUACACAAAGCUUUAAAAACAUUCUUCUCUAAAACCAUGUCAAGAAGUUAGUGAAAUAGUCGGAGGGGCCACCUGAUAGUAUACAUCUGUUUAGCAGCAUACAUUAAUUAAGUAGUUUCUUUUGUAAGCAUUGUAGAACUUAGAGAAUUUAAGUAGCCUUGCUUUUUCACUUAAUAAAAACAUUUUUAAUCUCUUUAACAGAUUUAGGCCUUUGGAUUUCAAGAUAAAAAACAAACAUUCCAAAAAGCCCUUGAGACUUCGUUGAUCCUACCUAAAAAAUCUAAGUUUAAAAGAAAAGAUACUAACUUCAUUUAUGAUAAGGUGGUUAGUUUUGUUGACUGAAUUAGCAUCAUGCUCAAAAUAAGACGUAACCUAUAGAAACUGAAUUCAGUUACUGUCAGAAGUUCACCAGAUACUGAAUGUAUUAUAUUUUAAGUGAAUAGGAAAGUGAGAUUUGUUGGUAUUUAUGACAAAAUAAAUAUUGAACAAUCGAGAAGUAUGUUACCAGAUGAUGCCACUAACAUGAAUUUAUUUCUGGUCAUUAUUAGGAACAUUUUCCGUGACAGCUUGCAUCCAUCAUUAAUUUGCCUUUCCAGUGUCUCUGUAAACGUUGAACAGGUUCAUGUGUUUAUACUCACUUACUCUAUAUUUUACCUUGGGAGGAGGAGGUGUAUGGUUAAUCCAUAGAUGGUGCUUACAGUUGAGAAAGAAAAUCAUUGUGGCCUUUUGAUUGAGAGCCAAGUUUUAUGAAAUCCCAUGGAGCCAGACGUCAGAUCUAGGGUUCUAAUUGGCUAAGGACCUUCAGAGUUCUUUUGCCAUGUCAUUCUUGUAAAGGAAAGGAAAUACUAUCACUCACAUUUAUGAAUCUCUAAAACGUUUAGAAAUGGUAUCAUAUAGGUAUUGUAUGUUUGUGAUGAUAACUGCCUGAAUAAAGGUUAAGAUGUCAUGGGAAAAUAGGAAAAUGUAAGCAGGAAGAAAGAGAGAUAGUUUAUUUUUAGCAAUUUAGAAUGUUCCAUUUAAAAGCUGUUAAACUGGCUAGAACUUGGGGGAAGGGAAGGGGAUACUGGAGUCGUUUAAAGGCCAUAGCCUAUUAUGACGUUCCAUCCUCAGAGCAGCCUGAACUGUUCCUAAAGAAACUUCAGCAGUGCUGUGUCAUUUUUGACUUCAUGGACACGCUAUCUGAUCUUAAAAUGAAAGAAUACAAGCGCUCCACUCUUAAUGAACUGGUGGACUACAUUACAAUAAGCAGAGGCUGUUUGACAGAGCAGACUUACCCUGAAGUAGUUAGAAUGGUAUCUUGCAAUAUAUUCAGAACUCUCCCUCCUAGUGACAGCAACGAAUUUGAUCCAGAAGAAGAUGAACCUACCCUUGAGGCAUCAUGGCCACACUUACAGCUUGUAUAUGAAUUUUUCAUAAGAUUUUUGGAAAGCCAAGAAUUCCAACCCAGCAUUGCCAAAAAAUACAUAGAUCAGAAAUUUGUAUUACAGCUUUUGGAGCUAUUUGACAGUGAAGACCCUCGGGAACGGGACUACUUAAAAACAGUCUUACACAGAAUUUAUGGCAAGUUUCUUGGUCUUAGAGCAUUUAUCCGAAAACAGAUUAACAAUAUUUUUCUAAGGUUUGUUUAUGAAACAGAACACUUCAAUGGUGUAGCUGAACUGCUGGAAAUAUUAGGAAGUAUUAUCAAUGGCUUUGCUUUACCUCUUAAGGCAGAACACAAACAGUUUCUGGUGAAAGUGUUGAUCCCUUUACACACUGUCAGGAGCUUAUCUCUCUUCCAUGCCCAGCUGGCAUAUUGUAUAGUACAAUUUCUGGAGAAAGAUCCUUCACUCACAGAACCUGUUAUUAGGGGGUUAAUGAAAUUUUGGCCUAAAACGUGUAGUCAAAAAGAGGUCAUGUUCCUUGGGGAGCUGGAAGAAAUAUUGGAUGUGAUUGAACCUUCACAAUUUGUUAAAAUUCAAGAACCUUUGUUUAAACAAAUUGCUAAGUGUGUAUCUAGUCCCCAUUUUCAGGUGGCAGAAAGGGCACUCUAUUAUUGGAAUAAUGAAUACAUCAUGAGUUUGAUAGAAGAAAACUCUAAUGUCAUCCUUCCCAUCAUGUUUUCCAGUCUUUAUAGGAUUUCGAAAGAACAUUGGAAUCCGGCUAUUGUGGCGUUAGUGUACAAUGUGUUGAAGGCAUUUAUGGAAAUGAACAGCACCAUGUUUGAUGAGCUGACAGCCACAUACAAGUCAGAUCGUCAGCGUGAGAAAAAGAAAGAAAAGGAGCGUGAAGAAUUGUGGAAAAAAUUGGAGGAUCUGGAGUUAAAGAGAGGUCUUAGACGUGAUGGGAUAAUUCCAACUUAACAAAAAUAACGACAACACCAUUACUAACCUGUGGAGUCACACAUUUAUGUAGUAGAAGAUGGAGCAACAGUUUUCUGUAUUGUGCAACUUUACAGUAGAUUUCACAUUUGUUUCAUUAUUACAACAGCACUGUAUAUACCUGUCUCUAAGUAAAGGAAAAAAAUAAGGACUUCAAUCCAAAGUUUGGACAGUAGAUGGACUUCUCAGAACUUUGCAAACAUAAUCAUUGUUCUAACCCUCUUUUAAAAAAGCGGUCUUCAGAGAUCUGUUAAUGAAAUUGCUAUGUUAAAAUUCCAUUAUUGGGAGUUCCUUAUUUAUCACUAGCAGAGAGUCUGAUACAAUUUUCAAAUGUGAACAAUCUUAAAUUUAGCUUGUCUUUCUGCUAAGCUGUUAAAUGUAUUUAUAGUAAAGGAAGAAAAAAAGACUGUCAUUUCCUUAUAAGUUUGUAUAACAUCCUCCUCUGGAUAACUUGACUGUAAUUUGACAUCUUUUCCUUUUGCACAUCUUCCUGAGUUGAAUGUCCAUGUGAAACAGGGCCAUGAAUUAUAAAGGUCCCUGAUAAAAGUUUUGUUUACUGGGGUGAACAUCUUUCCAGUAACCAGGUAGUCCUGGUACUCCUUUAGUUUUAAAAUUAGGAGUAAAAAGAGAAGAGGUGAUAAACAUAGUAGGGAAGGGAAAUUUGGAUUCAUGCAUCAGUUUAUGGUGAAUCCAAAUCAAUGUCUUGAAUCCUUUGAAAACAGGGACAUCAUUGGCUUCAGUACCUGACCAGUAUUAGUUGCAUACAUCAUUGGAUACAUAUACCAGAGAUGUUUUAGAAAUGUCAGAAAAACAUCCUUUUGGAUCAUUUGAAAUAAGAAUGACAAACACUAAAUAAUACAACCAUGAAAUUGAUCGCCAGGAUUGUGAAUCUAAUUGGGAAAAGAAGAGCAAACAGCUUGGACUGUUUGGAGUUGUUGCCUUACUUUUUAAUAUGUAUUUAUAAAGUAUUCCAGCAAAAGAGGAUGUAGCCUCUGGGAAAAAACAAACAUGUUACAGUGUUUUUUGUAGAUUCUCGUUCUAUAUCUCAUCAUAGCACCAGCCCUGUUUUUAGCCACAAAGGAUUCAGGAUAAACGUUAUUAUGCAUUCUGAAUUGGAUGCGUAUUCCUAACUACUGUAUUUGUUACCAAAAGUGGUUCUACAAAUGCUACUGAAAAAAAAAUCUGGAAAUUCCUAAUGUCCUGAGUAUUAAUAAUAAAGUUUAAAAAUGCUUUUAUAUCAAAGGUGCAUCGUGACCAAAUUGUUUAAGACAAAAAAGAAAAAACAAAAUCUAGGGCUGUAUUGUAGAUAUAUCUUAUUGGCUCUCUGCUUUGUAUUUAAAAGAGGAAUCUUACAUCUGGGUAGGUAAACUGCUGAUAAAACUUGUAUACAGUAUGUACUUGCCUGAUGCAGUUGCAUUUUUAUGUACUGAAAGAUACGUGUUUGGGGAUUUACUUGCAGGAUACUUUUGCUUGUUAUGGACAUGGCAGAGUGAGUUGAUAAUCCUAACCAUCACUUCCAGCAGUAUUCAUGGUGUAGAGCCAAUUCCGUGUUCAUGUAUUGAAUUGUGAUAGUAGCAAACAUGAACAUAUGAACUGUUGUUGCUCUUCAUAGAAAUACAAUAUAAAUAUGGGCUUGUAUAUUUUCUUCCUUCCAUUUAGAUAUAAAGUAGAAUAAGCAGUUUUAUUGUUUUCAAGAAAAAGGAAAAAAAAAAGCCACUGACCUUAUUCCCCCAUGAAGUGUUUCAGGAUUAUCAGGUCACAGUGUGUACGUAAAAGUCAGCUAAUUAUGGAUACUGUCAUCUUGGUCACUUUGUCAAAAAAAAAGAAACAAACAAAACUUGGCAUUGUUAAUUCCUAGAAAGAAACAGCAGUAAAGUCAUAUGCAACACCAAACACAACAUGGUUUAAUGGAAUUAAUAGAUUUUUUUUUUAAAAGAACAUUAACAGGGAUUCAAUGUAAAGUUGGCAGAGGCUGCCAAAGACGAAAUAAUUUACUUUCAAAGUGUUGGAGUAAAGGUGCAAGUUCAAAUACUAAUGGUAAAAAAUAAAUUUGUAACAAAUA